AUGACAAGUCAGAAGAUUACCCCGCAACAGCAAGGCUUUUUCAAGAGAUGUGAAGAAUGCUACAACUUGGUACUGGCUUUCCUUACUGAUGAACUACCUCAUGGCUUUGUGCCAAGUAGACACACCGGUUAUAUGUUUGACUCAAAACUAAGGGAUUCAGUUAAGGAGAAAGUGAAAGCAACGAUACAAAGACUAGAAAAUUCUAUUGAUCUUCAUGGGCUUCAAGAAAUCGCAAUUUCUUACAAUGGGGGCAAAGACUGUCUCGUGAUGUUAAUUCUUUUGAUGGCAACGAUCUUUAAAAUGUACUUGACCGCUCACAACAAUGGCAACUUUUACGACAACGAAAUUAUUCCAGCUGACUAUAGACUAGAUUCCGUGUAUGUCAAUGCCGAGAAGCCUUUUCCCCAGUUAACAGAUUUCAUCAAACAAUCUACAGAAUACUACUAUUUGAACCCCGUUAUAUUAAAAGAUUCUAUGAAACAAGGGUUUGAGCACUACUUAUCUGAGGUCAACACUAACAUUAAAUCUGUGAUUGUGGGUAUCAGAUACUCCGAUCCAUUUGGCGGUACGCUUAAGGAAGAACAAUUCACAGACCACGACUGGCCAAAGUUUUUGCGGAUACAUCCUAUUCUAGAUUGGAAAUAUACGGAAGUUUGGGAUUUUCUUAUUGGAACCGAUGUGGAGUACUGUAAAUUGUAUGACUUGGGCUAUACGAGCCUAGGUGGAAUCGAUACAACGGUACCGAAUCCGAAACUUAAACUUCCAAACAACGAUGGGUACUUACCAGCAUAUAUGUUGCGUGAUAAUGCAGAUGCAUUGGAACGGUUAGGAAGGAUAAAGAAACCACAAGAAUGA